AUCUAGACUCGGUCGCCCUCGCUUUGCGCUUCUUUGCGCUUCUGUCUGUUUGAAUCCUGGCUGAUUCCCAUCUCCCAACCGUCGAGAUCUCUCGUCUCUGGAGGCCUACCAUCGAUCGGAGAACGGGAUCUGCCACAGAACGAGCUCAAGAUCGAGGAAUUUGGCUACGGAAUCCCUUCUUGGAGAGGUCUUGUUCAGUGAUCUUGAGCCAUUUGGAUCGCGGAGGGCUGUCCGUUGGUUCUUGAGUCAGGAUCGUCGGAAGAACGAUCCGUGAUCGGUUCUAUCUUGGAACCGAGCUCUGAUCCGGAAUCCUCUUUUCAAGAAGCUCUACGCAGCGAUGUCCUAUUGAUCAAGAAGACUUCGACCUGUAGCUUGGAUCUCGAUCUCAUUUAAUCUUUAAGAAAUAUAGUCUGUUAGGUUUAGGAAACUCAGUUCUUUGGUUCUGGAUUGGAUUCACCGAGCUCUGAUUUCCAUGCUAUUGCAUCUUUAGGGUUUUGGAUCCUAUGGCUGUGGUUUAGGAUUAGAAGCUUUGUAGGGACAAUGCAGGGCUUCAAAGCGAAGUGCAAGGUGGGAGCUCUUGUCGUCCUCUUCCUGUGGGUCGGGCUUGCCGCUCUCUAUGGAUUGCUAAAACCGGUUCCGAAUGGGUGCGUCAUGACAUACAUGUACCCGACCUACAUCCCCAUCUCCACGCCAGCAAAUGUAUCGUCAGAGAAAUAUGGGCUGUUCUUGUAUCACGAGGGGUGGAAAAAGAUUGAUUUCACGGAGCAUAUUAAGAAGCUUGAUGGCGUCCCUGUUCUGUUCAUACCUGGGAACGGUGGUAGCUACAAACAGGUACGUUCGUUGGCAGCCGAAUCUUUUAGGGCUUACCAAGGAGGUCCUCUUGAGCCAACUUUUUAUCAGGAAGCUUCUGCUUUAACUAUUGAGAUGGAGGAUUUGGAUGAUUUUUUAUUACCCAGCGAGUAUACCCGCAAGCUGGAUUGGUUUGCUGUGGAUCUUGAGGGGGAACAUUCUGCAAUGGAUGGUCGGAUUCUAGAAGAGCAUACUGAAUAUGUUGUAUAUGCCAUCCACAGGGUCUUGGAUCAAUAUCGAGAGUCUCAUGAAGCCCGUUCUAAGGAAGGUGCUGAGGUCUCUGGAAACCUGCCUAUUAGUGUAAUAUUAGUAGGCCAUUCUAUGGGUGGCUUCGUGGCUAGAGCUGCAGCUGUCCAUCCACACUUGCGGAAAUGUGCAGUUGAAACAAUUUUAACACUCUCAAGCCCACACCAGUCACCUCCUGUUGCAUUGCAGCCAUCCUUAGGGCACUUUUUUUCUAAAGUAAAUGAAGAAUGGAAAAAGGGUUAUGAGAUGCAAAUCACCUAUGCUGGCCAUUUUGUGUCUGGCCCUAAACUGUCUAAUGUUGUUGUGGUUUCUGUCUCUGGUGGGGUUAAUGAUUACCAGGUUCGCUCAAAGUUGGCAUCUUUAGAUGGCAUUGUGCCCCCUACUCAUGGUUUUAUGAUAGGCAGCUCAGGCAUGAAGAAUGUUUGGCUCUCAAUGGAGCACCAAGCUAUACUAUGGUGUAAUCAAUUGGUUGUACAGAUUUCACACACUCUUCUUAGUAUGAUAAACCCCAAAACUGGACAACCAUUUUCAAGUGCCCAAGAAAGGCUUCUUGUGUUCACAAAAAUGCUUCAAAGUGGGAUACCACAGAGUUUAAACUGGUUGAGGCAUGCACAACCAUCCUGGGCUUCAGGAGACAUUCCCGUCAAAGAUACAAGGGGUCCUACUGAAUCUCAGAUACAAGAUUCCUUUUCCUGUCCACCAUCUGUUCACUGGGCGGAUGAUGGCCUUGAGAAAGAUCUCUACAUUCAGUCAACUUCUGUUACUGUUUUAGCAAUGGAUGGGAGGAGGCGAUGGUUAGACAUCAAAAAACUGGGUUCAAAUGGCAGAGGGCACUUCAUAUUUGUAACAAAUCUUUCACCAUGUUCUGGGGUUAGACUUCACCUGUGGCCCGAGAGGGGUGCAUUAUUAUCAGAUGACAAAACAUCUGCCAAUAAAAGGAUUGUCGACGUGACAUCAAAGAUGGUCCAUAUUCCUUCUGGACCUGCCCCAAGGCAGAUUGAACCAGGAAGCCAAACUGAACAAGCACCUCCAUCGGCCUUGCUUCAAUUGAGUCCUGAGGAAAUGCAUGGUUUCCGAUUCUUGACUAUUUCAGUUGCGCCUCGUCCGACUGUUUCAGGUAGGCCUCCCCCAGCGGCUUCAAUGGCAGUUGGACAAUUCUUCAAUCCAGAGGAAGGAGAGAGAAUUUUUUCUCCUGGGAUGCUUCUACGUUCUAGCUAUGUUCAAGAGGAGCUCUAUCUAAAGGAGGAUCACCCCCUUAUAUUGAACCUGUCUUUCUCCAUAAGCUUGGGCCUUUUCCCUAUAACUCUGUCAUUGCGAACAGCAGGCUGUGGAAUAAAAAGUUCUACUGGAGAUCUUGAGCAAAGCAGUCUCUGUAAACUACGCUGCUUCCCACCUGUUGCCCUGGCUUGGGAUUCUAUAUCCGGUCUACAUGUAAUUCCAAAUAUAUACUCUGAGACUUUAACUGUUGAUUCAUCACCUGCAAUGUGGGAUUCGAGUCAAGAGUCUGAAAAAACUACCGUCUUGUUGUUGGUGGAUCCACACUGCUCGUAUGAAAUUGGUGUUUCAGUUUCUGUAAUUGCUGCAGCAAGCAGAUUCUGUCUUCUAUAUGCUCCACAGAUUGUUGGUCUGAUGAUAGCUCUAAUACUUUUUGCUCUGAUGCGGCAAGCACAUGCUUGGGAGCUUGAGUCAUCCAUGCCUUCCAUUUUGACAGCUGUGGAGCUAAAUUUGAGAAUGCCACUUCCUUUUAUUCUGCUUGCUAUGUUACCUAUUUUUGUUUUGUUGGUCCUUUCCUUGCUGACAACCCAACGACUUCCUCCAGUCACAAGCUUCCUCUUUGUUUCCAUAGUGUGCUAUUUGAUGGCAACUGGUUUUCUGAUUGUUUUAAUCUUGGGUUCUCAGUUGCUUCUCUAUGCUGCUGCUAUUACACAUAUUUUUAUCAAAAAACGCUGGCAAGCUUGGGAAGAUAAUUUUUGCAUGGCCUUUCUUCAUCAGAUUCUCGAUUUCUCAUCCAUCUUCUACUCAUUAAAGGUCAUGCAGAUUCUCAGAGGCAAUCCGAAUCUCGUAGUAGCAUUUAUUACAAUUCCUUUAGUCUGCUUUGUUCAUCCAGCCCUUGGCUUGAUUGUACUGCUUCUAGCUCAUGGUUUCCAUUGUCACACAGCUCUCUGCAGUUUUUGGGUGGCUUCAAUUCGCAACCAUGCUCAAAGAAAGGAAUUCCAUGACCACAGGACUAAGGGCAAUCCCUCAUUAUUAUCCAAAAUGCAAUCAAGUGAUGCAUUUGAUCCACUUCUACGGGUGGAUGAGAACAGCCCAAACUCCACUAAAACCUUUAGUGACAGUCAGUUAGAAAUCUUCAACUACCGACAUGGCAUUCUAAUCUCGCAUUUUCUUGCAAUGCUCAUGUUUGUCCCAUCAUUAGUUGCUUGGUUACAGAGAUUUGGUAUGGGACAAAGCUUUCCUUGGUUCAUUGAUGCUUCUCUCUGUGUGGGGGUCAUCCUUCAUGGUCUCUGCGGCUCAAGGCCAGAGGACAUCGACUCCCUAUCAUUUUCCAUACCGGGAACCCGUGGUCGUGAAGUUGGUUUAAGCCUCGUUUACCUCCUUGCUGGAUACUACACCUUCCUCAAUGCUCUGGCUUCAGCCUCAUACAGAGCAUUUUAUGCAAUGGCCGCCAUAGGUGCCAUGUUUUUCGCUUCCAGAAUUAUUGACAGGAGGAAUAGAGAGAAAGGUGAUGUAAAUUUGAGAAACAGUAGGAGACAUUUCCAUAGACACUAAUAUAGCUUCUCAGAGGGCCUAAUCAUUCAGAAGUUUUAAUACAUUUUUCUCCAUUGGCUUGCUGCUGAUGGACAUUUCUGUUGCACCUUUUCACACUAAAUUAGCAUCUCUAAAUUUGUGGUGGAUUGUGUGAUUUGGUGAGGUCAAUUUGGUUACGAGAAUGGGAAUGAAGAAAAAUCAUGCUUUUUUGAAGAUUAA